CGCCCAUUCAGCAAGCGUAUAAAACUAAAUAUAAAUCCAAAUGCCGUCUACGGACAAUACCUCGAGCAAUGGCGAUGCCACAUUAGCCAAACAACUAUGGCAUCCCUCGUCCCCCGGAAAUACUAGAAUUCACAAGUUCAUGACCCUCGUGAGCCAGAAAUACGGCCUACAACUCACCAACUAUCACGAUCUCUGGCAGUGGAGUGUUUCUGAGCCAGCAACCUUCUGGGAGGAAGUGUGGCACUUUACCGGUGUCAAGGCGCAGAAAACAUACGAUAAGGUUCUAGAUAAGGACACCCCUCUAUUCCCCAAACCAGUCUUCUUCCAAGGAAGUCUCCUCAAUUUCGCCGAAAACCUCCUCUUCCCCGCAAGCAAUCCAGACGAAAACUCCGUCGCCGUCAUUGCCGCCACCGAAUCCACCCGGGAACACAUCUCAUGGAAGGAUCUUCGAGAGCGCGUCCGGCGCUGUGCCCUAUCGCUGCGUGAAGCCGGCGUCGUCAAGGGGGACCGUGUCGCCGGUUUCGUGGGCAAUCAUGCAAACACCGUCGUGGCCAUGCUGGCUGCUACCUCUAUAGGUGCCCUGUGGAGUGCUGUUUCGACCGAUACCGGUGUGCAUGCCGUGCUGGAACGGCUGCAGCAGAUUGAGCCCGUCAUUCUCUUCGUGGACAAUGCAUCCCCUUACAACGGGAAAGUCCACCCAACACACGCCAAGGUCGUCGAGCUGACGGCAAGCCUUGCCUCGUUGCGCUACGUCGUGGUCUUCGAUGCUGUGCAAGGCUAUGAGUUCGAUGUGGAAUCAGUGAAAUCGCCAAAUGGCCGAUCCAUCACUUUUGCUGACUUUCUUAAUACUUCGUCGUCGUUGAAAGAUUCGUCUGCACCCUUGCGGUUCGAGCCUCUCCCACCUGACCACCCGGUCUAUAUUCUUUAUUCAUCGGGUACAACUGGCGCCCCCAAGCCAAUUGUCCAUGGUGCUCUCGGCACGCUCAUACAGCACAAGAAGGAACAUGCGCUCCAUGGCGACAUCGGUCCCGGCGAUCGGUUGUUCUACUUCACCACCACAACCUGGAUGAUGUGGCACUGGCUUGUCUCUGCUCUGGCCAGUGGCGCAAGUAUAGUGUUUAUGACGGCUCCCCAUUCCGGCCCUGGACACAGAGGAUGGGAAAGGCGAUAUGGCCAUGCCCCGCCUCAUCGACGAACUGCACAUCACCCACUUCGGCACAUCUGCAAGUACCUCUCCAUCCUCGAACAGUCCGUCCUAAAUCCAACAAAACACCUCCACAGACCCGUCCAGCUGCGAACCCUGAAAGCCAUCUUCAGCACCGGCUCCCCACUCGCCCCGUCAACUUUCGACUACGUAUAUUCCUCCAUCCACCCAGACAUCAUGCUCGGCUCUAUCACAGGCGGCACAGACAUCAUCUCGCUCUUUGGCGCAUCCUGCCCCAUCCUCCCCGUCUACCGCGGGGAAAUCCAAUGCCGCGGCCUGGGCAUGGCCGUUUCUGUCUUCGACUACGCCGGCAAGGACAUCAGCGCCACCGACGCCGCGGGCGACCUCGUGUGUACGGUACCUUUCCCAGCCCAGCCAGUUAUGUUUUGGCCGCCAGGACCCGUAGGCGAAGAGAAGUAUCGUAAGAGCUACUUCGACCUCUUCGGCCCGUCAACAUGGCACCAUGGCGACUUUGUGAAAGUCAACAGCAAGACGGGCGGGAUGGAGAUGCUGGGUCGUAGCGAUGGGGUGCUCAAGCCGGCUGGAGUGAGGUUCGGCAGCGCGGAGAUCUACAAUAUUAUCCUAAAGCAUUUUGCGAAUGAGGUUGAGGAUUCGCUGUGUAUUGGCCGGAGACGGAAUGGGAUUGAGAAUGAUGAGACGGUUGUGUUGUUUGUGAAGCUGGCCAGGUCCAUUUCUCCCGUCACCACCACCACCACCACCACUACUACUACUACUACUACCACGACUUCCGCUUCUACAUCAGCAUCAGUCUCCGCAUCAGUCUCAGCAUCUUCGUCAACGGUAUCGAUAUCCAACAGCGAUAGCGUACAGGACAUCCUCGCCACCGACGACGAUAACACCAACAACAACAAAACACAACUACUCAUGCCCCCCGACCUCGCCAGCCGGAUCCAGGCCACUAUCCGCAAGGAACUCAGCGCGCGCCAUGUGCCUGCGAUUGUAGACGCGUGCCCGGAGAUCCCCGUGACGACCAACGGCAAGAAAGUCGAGAAUGCGGUGAAACAGAUUCUGUGUGGAUUGAAUAUCAAGACUGGGGCGAGCGUGGCUAAUGCGGAGUGUUUGGAGUGGUAUCGGAGGUGGGCGGUGGAGAAUUGA